AUGCCGCCCACACGAGACUCGACAUCAUUCACAACCGCCCUCCUCCCACCCCCCGGCGCAACCCGCAAACUGAUCCUCCCAACACGCACAAUCCCAUUCCCCGCCGCAAAUCCGCCGGUCUUCAACGACGCCCUUGCCGUGCGCUUCGAGGUCUUCGUCGACGAGCAGAAAUGUCCGCCGGAGUUCGAGGUCGACGAGGACGACUCGCGCAGCUGGCAUUGGGUUAUCUAUGAUACUGAAGCGGAGAACCCCGGCGCGGAGGAAGCAGGGAUUGAGCCGAAAACGAUCAGGAUCCCCGUUGGGGUGCUCCGGCUUGUCCCGCCGCCUCAUGCCUCGCAUGAUGCCUUUGUUGCGGUCUAUGCGCCGGGGACGUCGGAUACUGGCCGCGACCUCACGGCAGAUGGAUACGAUCUGGAGCACGAGCCGUAUAUCAAGUUUGGACGUGUUGCGUUUUUGGCGGCGUAUCGGGGCUGUGGGUUGGCGAGGCGGUUGAUGGAGACGGCUAUGGCUUGGGCGGAGGAGAACCCGCAGGAGAUCAACAAGGCGUUCUUGGAAGUAUAUCAGCGAGAGGGUGGUGAUGCUUCGAAGCCUCCGGCGUGGAAGGGCCUUACGUUGGUUCAUGCGCAGGUUGAUGUGGAGAAGUUCUAUGGGAAGCUUGGAUUUGAGACUGAUGAGAGUUUGGGGAGUUGGGUUGAGGAGGGGAUUGAGCAUGUUGGGAUGUGGAAGCGGUUGGAUGUUAAGAGUUAA